AUGUCUCCGGUGCAAGAACUCCCUUCUACGGGAGAUGAGGAUGUAACCAUGACUGAUGCUGUCGAGUAUCAGCCGUCAGAGGAUGCGCAUGAGGACCAAGAUAUGAAGGAGUAUCAAGAUACACCGGAUUACACGGAUUCCGAUACCAACCCAAAUACCACCGCAAGUAGUGUUGCUGGCGAUGCUGCUCCAGAUGCCCGGAAAAGAAGGACGGAAGCAUCCCAGUUACGCAAAAGUGUUCUUGGUAAGAAACACGGACGUCUUGACGAAUCAAUGGAAGAUGAUUCAAUUCGGCGAUUUCGCUAUCUACUCGGAUUAACCGACUUGUUCCGCCACUUUAUCGACACUAAUCCUAACCCUCGAAUAAAGGAAAUUAUGGCUGAGAUUGAUCGCCAGAAUGAAGCAAAAUCAAGUUCGAGAAAGGGAGCAACGAGAAAAGGCGGUGCUGCAGGAGAACGCCGGCGAAGGACGGAACAAGAAGAGGACGCCGAGCUUUUAAAAGACGAAAAACGAGGAGGAAAGACCGAAACUGUCUUCCAGCAAUCACCUUCAUUCAUUCAAGGAGGUGAAAUGCGUGAUUACCAGAUAGCCGGUCUGAACUGGCUUGUUUCAUUACAUGAAAACGGUAUUUCGGGCAUAUUAGCGGAUGAGAUGGGCCUGGGAAAAACUCUCCAGACUAUUUCGUUUUUAGGUUAUCUUCGACAUAUCUGUGGAAUAACAGGGCCCCACCUCGUCGCUGUCCCGAAGUCGACUUUGGAUAACUGGAAACGAGAGUUUGGCAAAUGGACACCGGACGUUAACGUCUUGGUUCUGCAGGGAGCUAAAGAUGAACGACAUCAACUCAUCAACGAGCGGCUUGUUGAUGAGAAAUUCGAUGUGUGCAUUACCAGUUACGAGAUGAUCCUCAGAGAAAAGUCGCACUUGAAGAAAUUUGCCUGGGAAUAUAUCAUCAUCGAUGAAGCGCAUCGAAUCAAGAAUGAGGAGUCGUCCCUCUCCCAAAUUAUUCGUGUAUUCAAGUCUAGAAACAGACUUUUGAUCACAGGAACCCCUCUACAGAACAAUCUUCACGAACUAUGGGCAUUGUUGAACUUCUUGCUCCCCGAUGUCUUCGGUGACUCGGAGGCCUUCGAUCAGUGGUUCUCCAACCAAGAGGCAGAUCAAGAUACCGUAGUCCAGCAGUUACACAGAGUUCUAAGACCAUUUUUGUUACGUCGAGUAAAGAGCGAUGUGGAGAAGAGCUUGCUCCCGAAGAAGGAAUUGAACCUUUACGUCGGCAUGUCAGAGAUGCAAGUCAAAUGGUACCAGAAAAUCCUUGAAAAGGAUAUUGAUGCAGUAAACGGUGCUCAGGGAAAUCGAGAAUCCAAGACUAGGCUAGUAAACAUUGUUAUGCAACUGCGCAAAUGUUGCAACCACCCUUAUCUAUUUGAAGGAGCAGAACCAGGACCUCCUUAUACCACUGACGAACAUCUUAUCGACAAUUCAGGGAAAAUGGUCAUUCUGGACAAGUUGCUCAGUCGUUUGUUCAAGCAGGGCAGCAGAGUGUUGAUCUUUUCGCAGAUGAGCCGUGUCCUUGACAUAUUAGAGGAUUACUGUGUGUUCAGGGGACAUGAGUACUGCCGAAUUGAUGGUUCUACCGCCCACGAAGACCGUAUCCAGGCAAUUGACGAGUACAACCGCCCAGGUUCGGAGAAAUUUGUAUUCCUACUUACCACUCGCGCUGGUGGACUAGGUAUCAACCUCACAACUGCUGAUAUCGUCAUUCUCUUCGACAGCGACUGGAAUCCCCAGGCUGAUCUCCAGGCUAUGGACCGAGCUCAUCGAAUUGGUCAGACCAAACAAGUUGUUGUUUUCAGAUUCAUCACCGAGAAGGCAAUAGAAGAAAAGGUGUUGGAGCGAGCAGCCCAAAAGCUUCGAUUGGACCAGCUCGUCAUUCAACAGGGCCGUGCUCAGCAACAGGCUAAAAACGCGGCUUCCAAGGAUGAGCUGCUUAGCAUGAUCCAGCACGGCGCUUCUGAUGUAUUUAGUUCUACCGGAGGUACCUUCGGCAGCGGCAAAGAUAUUUCUGAAGAUGAUAUCGAGGCCAUCCUGAAGAAGGGUGAGGAGCGUACCGCUGAACUUAAAAACAAGUACGAAAAACUGGGAAUUGACGACCUUCAGAAAUUCUCUUCGGAGAAUGCUUAUGAAUGGAAUGGAAAAGAUUUCACAAACCGCAAGAAGGACAUAGGUUUAAAUUGGAUCAACCCUGCUAAGCGAGAGCGAAAGGAUCAGUCGUACACUAUAGGCAGUUUCUACAAGCAGACCUUUACAAAGCCUUCGGAGCCCAAGGCUAAAGUGCCCAAGGCUCCAAAACAGACCACCAUCCACGACUGGCAAUUUUUCCCACCGAAACUUCAACAACUGCAAGACAAAGAGACCGCGUAUUUUCACAAGGAGAUUGGCUAUAAAGCGGCACUCCAGGAUGGCCCUGAAGAAGGACUCAGUGAUAGGGAAGCAGAACGUGAGCUUGAGCAGCAAGAAAUAGAUAACGCUGUUCCCCUUACUACAGAAGAGCAAGAGGAGAAAGCCAAGCUAUCCACACAAGGUUUUUAUAAUUGGAAUCGACGAGACUUCCAGCAGUUCAUUAACGGCUCUGCUAAAUUUGGGCGCACCAAUUAUGAAGAAAUGGCAUCCGAAGUCGACAGUAAAACUCCUGAAGAGAUCAAAGAAUAUGCCAAAGUGUUUUGGAAACGAUACACCGAAAUCCUUGAUUACCCGAAAUAUAUCCGCAUUAUCGAGCAGGGCGAAGAGAAAAUGAGGAGAAUGAACCAGCAACGCAAGCUCCUCCACAAGAAGAUGGAACAAUACCGUGUUCCUCUCCAACAGUUAAAGAUCAACUACACCGUCUCAACCACAAACAAGAAAGUAUACACGGAAGAGGAAGAUCGAUUCUUACUUGUUAUGCUCGACAGGCAUGGAGUUGAUGGCGAAGGCUUGUAUGAGAAGAUCCGUGACGAGAUUCGAGAUAGCCCCCUUUUCCGAUUCGAUUGGUUCUUCCUCUCCCGCACACCCGUUGAAAUUGGCCGAAGAUGCACCACGCUAUUGAAUACCGUUGCUAGGGAGUUUGAGGGCGAUAGUAAAGAUUCUAAUAGCGAUAAUAAAUCCAAAGCCCGAGCGCGUGAGGAAGAAGUAGAAAACGGUGAUGUUAAUGGGCCAGCAAAGAAGAAAUCAAAGAAUAUUGCCGCAGUGAACAAGAAGCUCAAAGCAGUUCAAUCAUCUAGCAAAGCCACUUCCGCCAAUACAUCAAGAGCAGGGAGUGUCUCUUCAUCUGGUCCGACCUCUAAGAGCAAAUCAAAGAAGCGAUAG